AUGCGAUUCUGGUUGACAACAGAGUUAUACGUCUUAACGAGUACGAGCAGAGCUGAGCUGUUCCUUGGUCGUCCCAAGGGCGUCACAGAGCCGGAGAAGAAGCGCAAAAUCAUUAGUGGAACAUUCAUCAACCUCUUCGAGAAGGAGGCAGAGAACACUCCCAAUGCUGGCGCAGUCGAGUGGUUCCUCCAGGGCACUCUUUACCCCGAUGUUAUCGAGUCGCUUUCGUUCAAGGGCCCCAGCGCGACCAUCAAGGCCCAUCAUAAUGUCGCAGGUCUGCCCGACACGCUUGAGUUGAAACUCAUUGAGCCGUUACGGGAACUUUUCAAGGAUGAAGUCCGAAGUUUCGGCAGGGAGCUUGGCAUCCACGACGAUCUCAUCAUGCGACAUCCUUUCCCGGGCCCCGGAAUCGCCAUCAGAAUUCUUGGAGAGGUCACACCGGAGCGCAUGGCAAUUGCCCGAGCUGCUGACAACAUCUUCAUUUCGAUGAUCAAGGAAGCUGGCAUCUACGAUCAGAUGUCCCAAAGCUAUGCUGGCCUGGAUACCAAUGGAGCCCCUUUUGAGUUCGACUUUAACCUCCUGAAGAUCUCGACACGUAUCGUCAACGAGGUUGAGGGUGUCUCGCGUGUCGUGUAUGACAAUACCAGCAAGCCGCCCGGAACAAUUGAGCUUGAAUAG